AUGUCUAAUCUAGAUGCUUUAGAGGCCGAAUACGGCCGCGGAAAGCAGGAAGAAUUCAGAGUCUCGAAUCGUGACGCAGAAAGCCUCGAGCUCGAAAACAACUUUUCGCAGGACAAAGCUAAAGAUGCAAAGCCUCUCUUGACGACCUACAACGAUAACGGGUCCAGCCCAAUCACACACAUCGCUGCCUAUGAUGAGUCCAAGGUCGAGUUUCCAGAUUGGUACAAUACCAAAAUCAGGCCGAACGUCACUCUCCAUCACGUGGGUGAAUAUUUCCGCGAUUUGUUCCCAUUCUUGAAAUGGAUCCACCACUACAACGCCCGUUGGUUGUACCAGGAUCUGGUCGCCGGUAUAACCGUGGGGUGUGUUCUGGUACCGCAGUCAAUGUCCUACGCUCAAAUUGCGACUUUGCCCCCACAAUAUGGGCUUUACUCAUCUUUCAUCGGUGCGUUCAUCUACUCGUUCUUCGCGACAAGCAAAGACGUGUGCAUAGGACCCGUCGCUGUGAUGUCGCUACAGACUGCCAAAGCGGUUAGUUCUGUCAUGGCCAAUCUGCCCACCGAUACAGACAUUACUGCUCCUAUUAUCGCCACGGCUCUUGCCUUAUUGUGUGGUAUUGUUUCCCUCGGAGUGGGUCUUCUGCGGCUAGGAUUUUUGGUGGAAUUGAUUUCGUCUACCGCCGUUGGUGGUUUCAUGACUGGUUCUGCGAUCAACAUCAUAUCUGGACAGGUGCCAGCGUUGAUGGGUUAUAGUAAGAAGGUCAACACCCGUGCAAGCACUUAUAAAGUGAUCAUCGAUUCGCUAAAAUACUUACCAGACACUAAGCUGGACGCUGCCUUUGGAUUGGUACCGCUAUUUUUGCUAUACGCUUGGAAGUACACCUGCAACACGGCUGGACCUAGACUGACAGAUCGCUACUGCAAGCGGGCCCGGACCGCUAAGAUAUGGCGUGGAGUGUUUUUCUAUUCGCAGGCACUGAGAAAUGCUGUGAUCAUCAUAGUUUGCACAGCCAUUGCUUGGAGCAUCAGUCGCCACCAUAAGAGCAACCCACCAAUUUCAUUACUUGGUACCGUUCCUUCUGGUUUGAAGGACGUAGGUGUUAUGAAGAUCCCAGAGGGCCUUUUGGCGAAGAUCGCGCCGGAGCUACCUUCUUCUGUAAUCGUGCUGUUGUUGGAACACAUCGCCAUUUCUAAAGCUUUUGGAAGGGUCAACGACUAUCGUGUGGUACCGGACCAAGAGCUUAUCGCCAUUGGUGCCACCAACCUUAUUGGAACCUUUUUCAAUGCCUACCCUGCCACCGGUUCGUUUUCCAGGUCCGCUUUGAAAGCCAAAUGUAACGUGAGCACUCCGCUCUCGGGUUUAUUUUCAGGUGGCUGUGUUUUGCUAGCUAUCUACUGUUUGACUUCUGCCUUUCAAUACAUCCCAAAAGCAACUUUAAGCGCAGUCAUUAUCCAUGCCGUCAGUGACCUUGUGGCAUCUUACAAGACCACCUGGAAUUUCUAUCGUAUGAACCCGCUAGACUUUAUCUGUUUCAUAGUCACAGUGUUGAUCACCGUGUUCAGCAGUAUUGAGAACGGUAUCUACUUUGCCAUGUGCUGGUCUGUGGCAACAUUGUUAUUCAAAGUGGCUUUCCCUGACGGCCAAUUUUUGGGCCGUGUCGAAGUUACGGAAGUGAUCAACCCUGUUGUCGUCGAUGAGGACGACUCGGCAUCAAGCGAAGGACGCAUCCCUUCUGGAAGCUAUUCGGGCUCCUUCACAGAUGAAGUUCCAGACUACAAACUCAGGUGCCAAACUGACAUUGAUGGAAAGGCGUCACAAGCGUACGAAACGACGAAGUCUCUUGCGAAUCGCAACAAGCCUAAUCCCAGCGUCAGGUUCCAUACCAAAUGGGUUCCGUUUGAUCAAUACUCUAAGGAACUCAAUCCUAGUGUUGAGGUCCGCCCUCCUCCUCCCGGUGUUAUCGUCUUCCGCCCUAGUGAAAGUUGGACCUACAUCAACUGUUCAAAUCUGUACAACAAAAUUUUCGAUGAGGUGGUGCGCACAACCCGCAAGGGUCAGCUGUCGGUACCGGGAUCCAAUGGGCAGAAGCGGUGGAACGAUCCUGGUGAGUGGACCCCACCAAAGUUUCUACAAAAAUGGAUCUCCAAAAGCAAAGGACACAAAGGUGGUGACGCCGACGAUAUUGGCGCUGUUGUACGGGACGAGCGCCCCAUCUUGCGCAUCAUUGCUAUGGAUUGGUCGCAAGUCGCUCAAACCGAUUCCACAGGUCUUCAGACCUUGGUAGACUUACGCAAGGCUCUCAGCAAAUAUGCUGAUCGCCAGGUCGAAUUCCAUUUCAGCGGUAUCAUUUCGCCUUGGAUCAAGCGUGGUUUAGUAAACACUGGUUUUGGCACCAUUAAUCAAGAACACGCCGAUGAAUCACUGUUAGCAGGCCACUCGAGCUACCAUGUGGUGCGCUCUGCUGCACCAAAAGACAGCGACGAAGAAGCCCAAGGAAACUCUUUGUACACAGCCACAGGCACCAAUACGCCGUUUUUCCACUUGGAGAUGCCAGAUUUCUCAAAGUGGGAUCUGGGAGAAGGCAGUGCUUAA